UUCAUGGAGGGAUCUCCAACACAGGCUCUGCCAUGACAAUUGGAAAGGGAGUGCACAAGGGAACAAAUGCUGGGGGAAAAACAUUCGAAAGAGGUACUCAUGGGGACUAUUGUACAUACUGUAAAAGAUCUGGACAUACCAAGGAAAUAUGCUUCAAACUCCAUGGAAAAAAGAAUGUUCUNNAGCGCAUGGGAAACAACAAAGGGCCUACUCAAAAGUGGGUAAAUCANACUACCUCAGAACGGGAAGCCACAAAUCAAUCUAAUCCACCACCACCACCAGUUCUUGAUAUGCAAACUUAUAAGGAGAAACUCGAGCGUUUGGAAGCAAUGCUUGAAUCAAUGAGUAAGCCCUCUGGAUCAUGUACUUUGUCCAUAAAAGGUAAGAUUUGUCUCAAUACUGUUGGUCAUGUGUCUCACGGUAUUUGGAUCCUUGAUUCNGGUGCAACUGAUCAUAUGACACCUUUUAGUGGGAAUUUUGAUUCAUAUAGCAAGAGCAAUAAAGAACAACUUAUUACNGUUGCAAAUGGACAGGGUAUACCUGUAUGCGGCUCUGGGAAUAUACUCUUGGACUCAUCUAUUAUAUUGAAGGAUGUUUUACAUGUUCCUCAAUUAGCUAAUAGUCUUAUCUCUGUGCAAAAGUGGGUUGUAUUUUUUAGAGUUUGAUGACCAAAGCAACACACAAAUCAUGAGUCAACAAGCUACAUCCGAGACGUGGGCCAAAUCACAAAUAUGGUUACAUCAUCAAAGGCUUGGGCAUCCUUCAUUUACUCUUAUCAAGUCCCUCUUUCCCCAUUUGUUUACCAAGGAGUCUGUUGAGUCUUUUAAUUGUGAUAUUUGUCAAUUGUCAAAGCACCAUCGUGCAUCUUAUCCUAUUAGUAAUAAAAAAAGUAUUUCUCCAUU